UAAAUUAUUCACCAGCGCUCCUCCGACCGCCUGAGAGCAAGUUAUCAUCAGUUACAAGCGAAACAUUUUGUUUUGGGUUUGCUAGCUUGUAUUUUUUUGGAGCACCUGAGAAAGAACAUGAAGAGUGAUUAUUAAUUGCGUGUUUUCCGUCAGCAUAAAAAGAAAAUCGGUCUCUCAGUACAAGUGCGGUUAUUUAUCUAGUUGAUUUUUUUUUUAAAUCCAAAAAUAUGUGGACCUUCUUAGGAAUAGCAAGCUUAACGUACCUUUACAAGAAAUCCAGCACAGUGUUGAGUUACGCUCACAAAGAGGUGGUAAUGGCCGCAGCCUUACUUGUGGCAGCCGGCCUGCUGCUGUCGUAUGUCAGGUGUUCUCACACCUACAGGCUCAGGUUCUCUCAGGUGAUGCACUGGCCCCUCGGGCUCUUGUCCCUUCUACCUGGUGUCAAACACUUUAUCCCACAAACGUCACCUGAAAGGAGCGAGAAGGUGGAGAACAGCUGUAAAAAGAGCCGCAGAUCAAGGAGGAGAGUGGAUACAGAGUCCUCCACCUCCCCGGGUGCCUCGGCUGGGGGCCCCUCGGCGGCCCCGGAGCCCGACGUGGUGAUAGUCGGGGCGGGGGUCCUGGGCUCUGCGCUGGCGGCUGUCCUCGCCCGGGACGGCCGGAGGGUGACGCUGGUGGAGAGGGACCUCAAAGAGCCCGACAGGAUCGUGGGGGAGCUGCUGCAGCCUGGAGGGUUCAGGGCGCUCAAGGAGCUGGGACUGGAAGGUUCAGUGGAGGGUCUGGAUGCCCACGUGGUGAGCGGCUACGUGAUCCACGACAUGGAGAGCAGCACGGAGGUGGAGAUCCCCUACCCGCAGGGGGAGGACCACACCAAGUGUGGACGCGCUUUCCAUCACGGACGAUUCAUCAUGGGCCUCAGGAGAACCGCCAUGGCGCAGCCAAAUGUCACAGUCAUAGAAGGCAGCGUGACCAGCCUGCAGGAGGAGGACGGCUGUGUGACCGGAGUGCAGUACAAGGAUAAAGAAACCGGAGACGUCAAGGAAAUCCGUGCUGCGCUGACUGUUGUGGCUGACGGAUGUUUCUCUAAAUUCAGAAAGAGUCUGGUCUCUGGGAAAGCUCGCACCUCCUCUCACUUUGUUGGAUGCCUCAUGAAGGACUGUCCCCAGUUUAAAGCCAACCAUGCUGAGCUGGUGCUGGCCAACCCGAGCCCGGUGCUCAUCUACCAGAUCUCCUCCUCAGACACCAGAGUGCUGGUGGACAUCAGGGGGGAGAUGCCUCGCAACCUCUCGGAGUACAUGACCGAGCACGUUUACCCUCAGCUACCAGAGCAUUUAAAGGAGCCUUUCAUGGGGGCCCUGCAGAACGAUCGGCUCAGGUCCAUGCCGGCCAGCUUCCUCCCGCCCUCCCCUGUCAGCAAGCCAGGCGUGCUUCUCCUGGGUGACGCUUACAACAUGAGGCAUCCUCUGACGGGAGGCGGGAUGAGUGUUGCCCUCAAUGACGUUCGCAUCUGGAGGAGUCUGCUCGGAAAGAUCCCAGAUCUGUAUGAUGACGGGGUCAUGCUGCAGGCAAAGAAAAAGUUCCACUGGGAACGCAAGUCAUCACAUUCUUUCGUGGUGAACGUGUUGGCCCAAGCCCUGUACGAGCUGUUUGCAGCCACAGACAAUUCUCUUCACGAGCUGAGAAAGGCCUGCUUCCAGUACUUUAAGCUCGGUGGGGAGUGCAUUGCUGGGCCCAUUGGACUCCUCUCAGUGUUGACCCCCAAACCCAUGACCCUCAUUGGACACUUCUUCGCCGUGGCAAUGUACGCCAUCUACGUCAACUUCAAGGCGGAGUCUUGGUGGACUAAACCUCGAGCUUUAUACAAGAGUGGAGCCAUCCUGUACCGAGCCUGCACGGUCAUGCUGCCACUCAUCUACUCGGAGCUCAAGUACCUGGUGUACUGAAGGAGGACCAAUCCCAGCGUACGCUCUCCAGCCGCGGCGUCAUUGGAAGUAAAACAACUGUUCCUUCUGUUGCCGUACUAAAACCCGUUUCACUGUGGAGGACAUUCCCCAAAGUGCCCUUGCCUUACUGAAAAUGGCGUUGUCUUAAUGUCGCAUUUAAUGCCUUUUUUCUAUUUGGACGUGCUAUCCCAAGAAUGCCAGGUGGUCCCGUCCGUCAUGAACACGUAAUCCUGCCCAACAGAACUGCUGUGUGGCAGCAGAUUUUUUCAAUUUUGCCAUUUACCCCUGCCGAGCUAUUUAAUACAGGCGUCCUCAUGUAAUGGCCAUUUUUAAAAAUCUAAAGUAUGACGACGGGAGGCUAUAAAACACGGUCUUAAUUAUUCCAUGUUGUGUAUCACACAGAAAUCCGGGAUGUUUUCAGCCUCGCGUUGAUGAGAACGAUAUCCGUUUAUUUGUUGAAAUCGCUCACAUGUUCACCGCGUGAUUGCUUCUUGCCUUCCAGAUGGCACCUCAGCGCUUUUCAUACAUCAUAGUGGACGUUUUUUGGUUUCUACAUCGAGUUUGAGAUAUGCUGACAGUGCAGGUGACAAAAUAAAACAAAAAUCAUCCCAGAAGUCAAGAACGAUCCCUGCUGGGCUCAUUGACGCAGCCGGCCUUGGGGGGACGUUUGGGUUUGACGGGGACAUGAGACAGGAAGAGACAAAGUCAGCAGAUGCUGGUCAGGCGGCGUUUGUCCUGGGCCGACCCAGACCAGGACGUCCUCACAUGUAACUCCCGUGUCGUGCUUACCGGUCCGGCCUGCGAUGGCUUAAUGGGCCGUUAAAUAAAACAUACAUGACCAACACGA